AUGAUAUUUGCAUCGCAAGUUCGCGUCGAGUCUCAGACUAGGUCCCGUCAUCUUUCUGACGGCCCCGUCGGGCAAGUUCGCGCCCCCAAGAGCCGAGCCUGGUCCCCGAUCGUCGAGGUCAGUUGUCGCCACGGCUGGAUUCGCAUCGGAGGCCUGGUUCAGGACGCUCCCUGCGAGAGGUAUGCGGAGCGUCGUCGAUGUCAUCGUCGGCGUCCACAGCAUCUUCUGGCUCCAGCCAUUCUGGAGCAGGUGCCUCGUACGUCGACGCACAGGAUGUCCGCGCAGAGCGCCGGAGCCACGACAAAAGAGGGACGGAGGAAAGGAGAAGGACGUCACGACGAGAAGGGCUACGGAGGAGCGGAGAAGGUCGAGCGGCUCUUUUUCACCGGGGCGAAUUUCGAGACGUCAGAGCAGAGGUUGCGGUCGUUCUUUGCGGCGGCUGGCCAGGUGGAGAAGGUCGUGCUCUUCCGCCUCGACGGCGCGCGGUCCGCAGGCAUGGGCCAUGUCGUGUACGCCACGCGCGAGGGGGCCCUGAACGCCUUGGCCACCCUUCACAAUCGCGUGCUCGAGGGGGCGCCAGUCACUCUGAAGGCGACUGGGAUGUCUGAGCAGGGUGCGGUAGACAGAGAGCGAGUUCCGCGAGGAUCUGUAGGUGCCAACGGCGGUGCGGAAGCGCAGCGGUCGAUGAGCAGCUCAGCGCCUGUGCAGGCCGAGCGUGCGGUGGUGCCCGCCGGCAGUGGCGGCAGCAGCGCGAGGAGGAAGGCCGGCAAGGGCAAGCUCGGUGCCGUUUCCCUCAGGACCCGCUUGCUUCAUGGCGAGCGGGGGGAGAAGGAGGAGGAGGAGGAGAGCCCGGCGGCGCAGCAGGUAUCGGGCAAUCGCAGCGCUGGCCGCGGGGCGCGAGAGCCGCGGGACAGCGGCCCGCUCUGCAGUGAGCUCACCAUCGUGGUGCCGAGGAGGCCCUCGAUCCCGCCGCCCGGCCUGGAGCUGCUCUGCGGCAGCCAGGAGCCCCACAGUUUGCUGGGGAACUGCGCGAUGGAGGAGGGCUUGGGCGAGUUCCGCAGGCUCAGCAGCACCAGGGCCAGCCUCUCGACGCGGGCCAGCUCCUCCAGCGCUCUGGCGCCACCGCACGGCGCGGCGCCGGCUUGCGAGGUGCCGUCCGGCGAGGCGCCGCGGCAGUGCUGCGCUGAGCGAGGUGGCCGUCGGGGUGGAGGCGGGCGCGGCGAGGCGGCGGACCCGGGGCGCAUGCCGCGGCCGUGGAAGGCCGCCACGGCCAGGGUGGAGGCGGCCAGGCGGCUGGCUUUCGAGGCCCCGGGCUGCGGGUGGGGCGGCCUGGGCAGCCAGGGCCACAGCGCGGGGGAGGGCCCGUGUCAUAGCUACACGGCCUGGGAUGACCCGUGGUAUGAUUGCGGCCAGUGGGGCGGCGGCGCUCACAUAGUAUUCGGAUGCGGCGAUACUCAGCUCAGCCUCGUCUCGUGA